AUUAAUAAUCUUUGAUUACAUCGACAUAUUAGAGUAUUUGGGACCGGCUUAAACUGACAGUAAAAAUGAUAUUACAUGUUCGUGAUUUGUUUUAUAAAAUAUACAAAUUUGUUUAAAAUUUACUUUAUGUAUGAGGAAACGAAGCAAAAAUAUUUUUUAAGUCGCGAAUAACACUGAACGGUAAUUCUUUACAAUAAACGAUAAAUCUGUACGCGAUUAUUACUUAGAUAAAAUGUUAGUUUUUCGGGAUCGGGAUAUCACUACAAUAGCCGCCGCGUGGACAAGGAUAAUAACAGCGCGGUUGUCGUCAUUGUUGAUGUAAGUGAAAAUUUAAAAAUUUGGCAUCAUUCAUGCAUCCAAAGCUCGAAAAUUUUAUAAAAAGCGUAUAGAUCAAUAUCAAUACAACAUUAUUAAUGCAUUUGAAAAAUACCAGAGCAAUCAUUAUAGGUUCUAUCGUUUCAGACAUGUAUUAUGCAGAUCUUUGAAAAUUUACCAAAAUUUUGAAAUUUUGCCCCAGAGCAAAAACAAAAUAAUCAAAAGCUAAAGAAGUCAUAAAUAGAGAUAAAAAGGGAAUGCAUAACAAGAUGAUGUCAUCGCAUAAGUUUCAUUUCAACUUCAUUCAUGCACCAAUGUUUAAUCAAAAGCUAGGGAACCCUAGAAUAAAGGCGUAAAAUUUAUUCGGUUGGAGUUUUGAUUUCGUCAAUCAAAACUACAAGCUACAUAUACUGCGCAUUAAUAAAAAAAAAAAACCGCAGCUCUGGCAAGCCUGUGUAUACUUAGUGUAUACUUCAGGGGGAAUCUAUCUGUCAGAUAUCGUGAAACCGUGACCAACACAUUUGGCAACAAGGCGUUUUGGUUUUUGUCGUUUUGAUCGAAGUAAAAUGUAACGUUCUCUUUUAACGAAACUCGAGAAAUCGCGGAAAUCUUUUAUUAAUAAUGCGUUCCGUAGUGAAAUUUUGGGACAGCAACAAGUUUUAAACGAAAAUUGGUGAUGUUUUAUCGUCACAUUGGUAAUUUAUCAAACGUCAUGGACCAGAGUUGAUCUGCGAUAACGCACACAUAUAUGAAAUUCGACAGCGUGAGCAUGGCAACAACACUAGGAUUCGGUGGUGGCACUUCUGUAAACAGCAUGAAUCAGAUGACUAGUAACCAAAUCAUGCUUGAACACCUUAAGGCGCUGGUUACAGCCAAUCCACACUAUCUUACCAGUGGCAUACCAACGAAUCUUCUCUCCCAGAUCUGGAUGGCGGAUUCAAGCAAGAUUGCACAACCAUCAUUCAAUUACUUAAAUCAAGUUCCUGAAGAAGAAGAAGCGGAGGAAGAAGAAAUGGGUGUCGCAGAAACUUACGCGGAGUACUGGCCUGCAAAAUUAAAAAUCGGCAAGAAGCAUCCUGAUCCUGUGGUUGAAACAGCUUCUUUGUCCUCUGUUGAACCUUGCGACGUGUAUUAUAAACUUUCAAUUCCUCCCGAAGCCAUCAAUUCUGGCCAACUUAGCGCGUUGCAGCUUGAAUCUAUUACAUAUGCAAGUCAAGCGCACGAACAUUUACUACCAGACGGAUCGCGCGCCGGUUUCCUCGUGGGAGAUGGUGCCGGUGUUGGGAAAGGACGGACAAUAGCUGGAAUAAUCUACGAAAAUUAUUUGAAAGGUCGCAAAAAAUCCAUAUGGAUAUCCGUAUCUAAUGAUCUGCGUUAUGACGCUGAACGAGACCUACGUGAUAUUGGUGCAGGAAGAAUUACAGUCCACGCAUUAAACAAGUUUAAAUACGCCAAAAUUAAUUCUUCGGAGAACAACAGUACCAAAAAAGGUGUAAUUUUUGGCACUUACUCGGCUUUAAUAGGAGAAUCGCAAAGUGUAACUAUUGGUAAAUACAAAACACGCCUAAAACAAUUGUUACAGUGGUGUGGUGAGGAUUUCGAUGGUGUGAUAGUAUUUGAUGAGUGUCACAAGGCAAAAAAUCUGUGUCCAGUUGGUUCUAGUAAACCCACGAAGACUGGUUUAACAGCCCUGGAAUUGCAAAACAAACUCCCCAAGGCCCGAGUUGUUUACGCGUCUGCGACUGGUGCUUCUGAACCUCGUAAUAUGGCUUACAUGGUGCGACUUGGAAUUUGGGGUCAGGGAACCCCGUUUAACACAUUUAUGGAUUUUAUAGCGGCUGUUGAGAAGAGGGGUGUUGGUGCAAUGGAAAUUGUUGCCAUGGACAUGAAGCUACGAGGAAUGUACAUUGCGCGACAACUGAGCUUUCACGGAGUUACGUUUAAGAUCGAAGAAGUACCGCUUACACGUGAAUUUAAGCAGGUUUAUGAUGAGUCGGUUGACUUGUGGGUGUUAGCUAUGCAGAAGUUCACAGAAGCAGCAGAGCUUAUUGAUGCUGAGAAUCGCAUGAAAAAAACCAUGUGGGGUCAAUUCUGGUCAGCCCAUCAACGAUUUUUCAAAUAUUUAUGUAUUGCUUCCAAAGUAAACCAUGCAGUUAAAGUGGCCCGUGAAGCGAUUAAGUACGGCAAGUGCGUAGUAAUAGGUUUACAGUCCACUGGUGAAGCCAGAACACUAGAGCAGCUGGAUAGAGACGAUGGAGAACUGACGGAUUUUGUGUCAACUGCAAAGGGCGUUUUUCAGUCGUUGGUGGAAAAACAUUUUCCUGCACCGGACCGAAGCCGUAUUAAUCGCUUGCUUGGUCUUGAAGUGCCAAAAAAGACCCAGCUUGAAUGUAUAUUAGAGGAAAUAAACUCAAAACCUUCGGUUAGCAGUGCCGACCUUAAACGUAAGAAUUCCUUUGUUAAGACUGUAACAUCAUCUAAAGUAAAAAAGCCUAGACGUAACUCAUCCGACGAUGAUUCGAACAGCGACUCUCAUGAUUCUGAUGCUAAGGCAUCCGAUAGUGAACACGAAGGAAGUGCUCACGAUUCCGACAGUGCCCGCAGUAGCGAUUAUAAUCCAUUUUACUCCGGGUCCGAUAGUGACGACGACCCAUGGGUUGGUAAGACAAGUAAAGCUAAACUUAGGAAACCAAAGACUCCCAAGAAAAAACCUGUCUCUACGCAAGACAAAAUACAAGCUCACCUUUCGAAGAGACAGACUGAAACUAAACCCAUGACGAUACAAGCAAGUAAUGGGAUGUCCAUACAACUAGGACCGCCACCAAAAGACGCAAUUGAGCGAGCAUGUCAAAUGAAAGAUGAACUUUUGGGAAAAAUCGAGAAACUGGGAUCAAGAUUACCAGCCAAUACACUUGAUCAGUUAAUAGAUGAAUUGGGUGGUCCCGAAAAUGUGGCCGAAAUGACAGGUCGAAAAGGGCGUGUCGUACAAAGUGACGAUGGAUCCAUUCAAUAUGAAUCGCGAUCGGAACAGGAUGUACCAUUAGAAACACUUAACAUCACCGAAAAGAAACGUUUCAUGGAUGGAGAGAAGGAUGUUGCAAUUAUAUCUGAGGCAGCAUCGAGUGGUAUAUCGCUACAAAGCGAUCGAAGGGUUCGUAAUCAGCGAAGACGUGUUCAUAUAACGCUUGAAUUGCCAUGGUCAGCUGAUCGAGCUAUUCAACAGUUUGGUCGCACGCAUCGAUCCAAUCAGGUGAACGCCCCAGAGUAUAUGUUUCUUAUUUCCGAUUUGGCAGGAGAGCGGCGAUUUGCUUCAACUGUAGCAAAAAGGCUCGAAUCACUUGGUGCUCUAACUCACGGCGAUCGACGAGCCACAGAAACUCGUGAUUUGUCACAAUUUAAUAUAGAUAACAAGUAUGGUCGAUCCGCGUUGGAGUCAGUCAUGAAGACGAUAAUGGGCUAUGAACAACCCUUAGUCCCACCACCUAGCGACUACAUAGGAGAUUUUUUCAAAGACAUAGCCGGAGCACUUGUUGGCGUUGGACUGAUCGUGAAUAGCGAACAAAUGCCUGGUGUUUUGAGUUUAGAUAAAGACUAUAACAAUAUUUCAAAAUUCCUGAAUAGAAUAUUGGGAAUGCCUGUGGAAUUGCAGAAUCGACUGUUUAAAUAUUUCACUGACACAUUGGCGGCCAUUAUCGAGCAAGCCAAAAAACGAGGUCGAUUUGAUCUGGGAAUUUUAGAUUUGGGAGCCAGCGGAGAGAAUGUAACUCGUGUAAAAAUCACCAAGUUUAUGAGAAAACAUUCAACAGGUGUGGCACCAAUUGAAUUACAUACAGUACAGGUCGAAAGAGGAAUGAUUUGGCAAGAGGCUAUCGAUAAAUGGGCUGACUUAGGUGGGGAAAAGGAAGGCUUUUACUUAUCAAAACAAGCACGCAAUGAAAAAUAUGCAGCAAUUCUUGCAGUUGAGAUAGAAAACAUCAAUACUUCAAAGAAAAAAUCGGAAUCGAAGAGCAAAAAAGACAUGAUGUUUCAGAUCUACCGACCGAAUACAGGAUUACAGUUGAAGCUAGAGUCAUUAGAUGAGCUUGAGAAGAAAUACAAAAAGGUGCUGAGUGAUGCCGCUGAAUCACACUGGAGUCAGCAGUAUGAUGCAUCUGUGAAUACGUGUUCCCAUAAUUAUUGGAAAGGAGUGUGUCGGUACAUGACUAUGGGUCAAGAUUGCGAGAUUGGAUUAAGAAGGAGAACGUACUACGUGUUAUCCGGAUCAGUUUUGACGGUUUGGUCUCGAGUAGAAAACAGUCUAGCUACUCGAGUCAACGCUCAAAAUCGUAUGCAGGUUCUUCGUUUAAGAACAAAAGAAGGUCAGAAGAUUGUUGGCACUCUUAUCCCCAAAAACUGCGUUGACCAUUUGAUCAAAGAUCUGAGUAACGAUUCUGAAAAAGUUGAAGAACAAACAUUUGGUAACGAGUAAACUUCCAACAGCUGCUGUUGUAUUUUAUAGUUGUUCGUGAUAUUACGUUUAAGAGUGUGUUAGAGUGUACUGAAAUAGAUAUUAUAAGGCGUUCCAAAAUUACGAAGCUGAACGUCUCAAUCAAAUUAACAGGCAAAUAUGACUUUUUCAUCUUGAAUAUGUAAUUUGCCUGAUCCACUACAAUAUUACAUAACUUAACCUAUCACAACUGUUAGAAAUUCUUCUGAAACACAAACAACACUUGGAAGCAGCAGAAAUAUAAAUCAAGGGACGCUAAUGGCCGUGAUUGUGCUUUAAUUGUAAUUAAAAUUUUAUCAUCCUUUCGACGCCUCAAGCCAAAAAAUGUAUCGAAGAAUAACAUUGAAUUGUAGAAAUGUGUUUGAAAUUAUGUUCGUACAAAAUUGGUUUAUCUUAUUUUGGGAUAAAGAAACACAGAUUGAAGUAUACUACAAUGUGGUGAAUUAAAAGUUUACUUCUUUUAAAUAAUCAUGCAAUGUACAAAACUAUUCAGUAGAAUCUAAUUUCUAAAUAAUAGAAUAAGUUAUUAUUGCGUAGUAGCAAAUAAAUUUUUGUGCAGCA